AUGGCCGAAUUGACCAAAAUGCAAGCUGUGAAUCGACUACGGAAUGCCUUACUCACUGAAUCCGGGCUGUCCUUUGGGGCGUGGCAGAUGCUUCCAGGCGCCAACCAUGCGCGCAUGAUGGCUAGGUCUGGCUAUGACUGGAUUUGUGUCGAUACUGAGCACGGAAAUAUUGCGGACUGGCAAAUGCAUGAAGCCGUUGCUGCAAUUUCUGCAACAGGUGUUAGUCCAAUUGUGCGGAUAGCUGCCAACGAAGGCUGGAUGGUAAAGCGUGCAUUGGAUUCGGGUGCCCAUGGAAUUGUUGUCCCUCUACUCUACACAGCAGACGACGCUAGAAAGCUCGUUGAGUCGGCCAAGUUCCCGCCUGUUGGCCGCAGGGGUUUCGGGAGUCCCUUCGCAAUGGGCUCGACAGGGGUCAUAUCUUCCCUCGAGUAUCUGCAGCAGUCAAACGAUGCUCUCCUGACUAUUGUCCAGAUCGAAACCAAAGAGGCCCUAGAGAAUGUGGAGGAGAUUGCAAAAGUUCCCGGAAUUGACGUGCUGUUCGUCGGGCCUUGGGAUCUAGGAAAUAAUAUCGGCCGCCCUGUCAUGGAUGAAUUCCACGACGACCUAAACGCUGCAAUCGAGCGCAUACGCAAAGCAGCCGUUGACAAUGGCAAAAAGGCUGGUAUUUACUGCGUGGGCGGUGCACCAGCAAAGAAGUAUGCGGCACAAGGUUUCCACAUGAUAUCCGUUGUUGCGGAUGCCGUCGCCCUCCCUACAUUCCUUUCUGACGCAUUGGAGACCGCAAAGGGGUCCAAGGCGGAUGCUGCUGUUCCAACAUACUAA